CACUUGGCCACUCUUCUCUUAGGUAUUUCUAUGCUCUAUUGCUUCGAUUUUCGCUUGAUGCAACUCUAUAAAUAAUAUAGAAUUCUACAGUACUUUAUAUCGAAGUGUCAAGAAACCGCUACGUAAAAAAAUUAUACAGUGAAUACUCAAUGACUUGGAAAGCACAAUAUUUAUAAAAUAAAUCUCAAACUACGAUCGCUUUGCAAGAUAUUUAUCGCACAAUUUCAUAUGUGUUAUCGAAAUGAAACAAGUUAUAAAUUAUUUGGUUUAUAUACCGCUUUUACUGGUUGUAUCGCUGCUACCGGUAACCUACUGCUUCCAGAAAGAAAUGACUAUCAUUAUAUCGCCAGGAGGAAGAGACUGCUUUUACGAGUCGGCAAAAGCUGGUCAGAUUGUUGAUAUCGAAUACCAGGUUAUUGAUGGGUCGCAUGGUGAUUUGGACAUCAGCUUUGAUCUAGCGGAUUCCAACGGUCGACUGAUCUAUUCUGAUUAUAAAAAAUCGGACAAUAUUCAUCGUUUCAAGCUGCCACAUGACACUGAGCUCAGUUUCUGCUUUAACAAUGACUUUAGUCGAAUGAACAGUAAAACUGUAUUCUUUGAAAUAAUCAUCGAGAAAGAGGACGAUGAUGCUGGAUGGAGUAAUUUUGCUAUUCUGGAAGGGCUCACCCCGGAGGAGUUCUACGACAUGAAGGUACAGGAUAUAGAGGAUAUAAUUAGGCGCGUCAGAAACAAUCUUACAAAAGCUAGGCAGUUUCAAGAUGUACUGCGGUCGCACGAAGCUCGGGAUCGCAAUAUUGCAGAGGAAAAUUAUUUAAAAGUUAAUGCCUGGUCUUUUUUUCAGAUACUGAUAAUGUUAGCUGUGGGGUUUUGCCAAGUUGUGAUGGUUAAAAGUCUUUUCGAUACAGACUCAAAAGCAAAUAAGUUAUGGCGUAAGAUGUGAUUGUUUUUCGCGAUAGAGAGUCCUAUAACUAAGUCAUUUUUUUUUUCUGAUCAUCACCGCGAUACGAGCGACUCAUAUAGAACCUAGCCUAAUACAAAUUACGAGAGGUACGAUUUUUUUUAAUGCCAAAGUAAAUUUUUAUUUGAAUAAAUUCAACAGAUACUGUAGCA